AUGCGCCUGGAACUCAAGGAUUUUGUGCAGGCUACCCGCAGCAUGCAUCAGCAGCCAGGCGGGGUGAGGCGAACACGGCUGAUGCUGCGGCUGCGCCCCUACCAGAGCCGCAAGACGUUCGUGCUCAAGGCCACCGAUGGCCGAGUGACGAUGACGACGCGGGUGGAGCAUCAAGGCCAUAUCAAGAUGGUGGAGAGCCUUGUGAACGAGUUCGUCACGGAGUGCACCAGGGCAUCGGUAGGCAGCCCUGUGCCGUCCACCGCGACUGCGAGCGCUGGAGAGCAGCAAGCGGCAAGCGCGGCCGCCAUGUCUUCCAUCUCAGCUGCGUCAGGGCACAAGGGCCGCAGUCCCGGCGCUGCUGCUGCUGCUGCUGCUGCGACGGGGCAGGCAGGCGCUAGUGGCUCGGCGUCGCACCGGCAGCAGACGCAGCUCGCCUCCGCCCAGGCCAGCAGCCACAGUAGCGGCAACGCUGGAAGACAAGGUAAAGGGAGGAAGGGCAAGCGCCAUUAA